CGCGCCAACAAACUCCAUCCAGACCUUCUGAAGAAAAGACCGCGCACAAUUAGGCGAGUUUUUUACUGUCCACUCCAGAGCGUUUUUGGAGUUACACCCCCCCAAACCCCAACACUCCACCCCUCCUCCUCCUCCUCCUCCUCCAUUCCUCUUCCCCUCCCUCCUUAUCCUUCCCCCCGACGCACGCGCCGUUCGGGUUUAGCUGGACUUCUUUUUGCCCCGCGCCCUCUCUCUCUCUCUCUCCCUCUCUCUCUCCGCUCAGGAGUUUGUCCUUCUUUAAACAUCAGUUUAUGGGAUUGUCCGUCCCCGCAGCUCUCUGCUCGGCCCAGUGUGUGUUGGCGGCUUUUGUCCUGAGUGGACUCUCCGCGUGCGCGUUUGACUGAAGAGCAGAAUGUCCACUUUACCGGGGACAGUGCCGAGGAUGAUGCGCCCAGCUCCUGGACAAAACUACCCCCGAACCGGCUUCCCCCUGGAAGUGUCCACUCCUCUGGGUCAGGGCAGAGUGAAUCAGCUCGGCGGAGUGUUCAUUAACGGCAGACCGCUGCCCAACCACAUCCGCCAUAAGAUCGUGGAGAUGGCGCACCACGGCAUCAGGCCCUGCGUCAUCUCCCGCCAGCUGCGCGUGUCGCACGGCUGCGUCUCCAAGAUCCUGUGCAGGUACCAGGAGACCGGCUCCAUCAGACCUGGAGCGAUAGGAGGGAGCAAGCCCAGGCAGGUAGCCACUCCGGAUGUGGAAAAAAGGAUAGAGGAGUAUAAGCGUGAGAACCCAGGCAUGUUCAGCUGGGAGAUCCGAGACAAGCUGCUGAAGGACGGAGUGUGUGACAGAAGCACAGUUCCCUCAGGUGAGGCCUCAUCUGUGAGCUCCAUCAGUCGAGUCCUCCGCGCCCGGUUCGGAAAGAAAGAGGACGAGGAUGAGUGCGAUAAGAAAGACGAGAGCGGAGAGAAGAAGACCAAGCACAGCAUCGACGGCAUCCUGGGAGACAAAGGGGGCCGUGCGGAUGAGCUCUCGGAUGUGGACUCGGAGCCGGACCUGCCGCUGAAGAGGAAACAGAGGCGCAGCCGCACCACCUUCACUGCCGAGCAGCUGGAGGAGCUUGAGAAGGCCUUCGAGAGGACACACUACCCCGACAUCUACACCCGAGAGGAGCUAGCCCAGAGGACCAAAUUGACCGAGGCCCGAGUACAGGUGUGGUUCAGUAAUCGACGAGCCAGGUGGCGCAAGCAAGCUGGAGCCAAUCAGCUUGCAGCCUUCAACCACCUGUUACCAGGAGGCUUUCCAGCAACAGGCAUGCCCACUCUGCCCACAUACCAGCUCCCAGAACCCACCUACCCCUCCACCACACUAUCACAGGAUGGCAGUAGCACAGUGCACCGGCCGCAGCCUUUGCCCCCCUCCACCAUGCACCAGGGCGGCCUCUCGAGCGACAGCAGCUCCGCCUACGGCCUCUCAUCCAACCGCCACGGCUUUUCCAGCUACACUGACACCUUCAUGAGCCAGUCCGCAUCCAGCAACCCCAUGAACCCGGUCAACAAUGGGCUCUCUCCGCAGGUGAUGAGCAUCCUGAGCAACCCCAGCGCCGUGGCUCCUCAGCCGCAGCACGACUUCUCCAUCUCGCCCCUGCACAGCGGUCUGGAGGCCUCCAAUCCCAUCUCAGCCAGCUGCAGUCAGCGCUCCGAGCCCAUCAAAACAGCGGACAGCCUGGCCUCCUCUCAGUCCUACUGCCCACCCACUUACAGCACCACAAGCUACAGCGUGGACCCCGUAACUGCCGGCUACCAGUAUAGCCAGUACGGCCAGACAGCGGUAGACUACCUGGCGAAGAACGUGAGCUUGUCCACACAGAGGAGAAUGAAGCUUGGGGAACACUCGGCCGUGCUGGGACUGCUACAAGUGGAGACGGGCCAGGCCUAUUGACGGACUCGUUCUCCUGACCAUCGCUUCUCUCCUUCACCAGCAUCCCUCCAUCCAUCGUGCCGUUUCUCUCUCUGCUGCGUGAAAGAGAAGUAGCUAAAAUCAUAGACAGCCUUAGACUCCUGACCUUUGGCUGAGUGAAUACAAAAGCCAUUUAAUAAACAAGACACUAUAGUGCCGCCUCUCACGCCCCCCCCUCCCCCUCCAACCUCCAUCUCAACAAAGAGACUCUUUCAGGGUUUCAGAGAGGCUGGAGGAAAGCAAGCAUCCAUUAUCUGGGUCCCCAUCAGUCGCACCCUGCCCGUCAGCAGUCAAUGUUAGCACACACGGGCUGCAAUCGCAGCCGCUGCCCCAUUCCGAAAUGUUUGGACCAUGUUGUUCAUAGGACUUAAAAUGAUGGUAUUAUGAUUAUAUUUGAUAUAAUGAUUGUGGUUGUUUCUAUUACCGUUGGAAUUAUUAUUAUUGUAAUGACCUUCUGUUUACAUGUUUUUAUUUUGUCCUUUUGGGUUCCUCUGCAAAGGUCUGGCUUUCUAACACAUUACGGAGGUGCAUGGAGAGAGGCUGAUAGCUUUUCGGACUGCCUGCAAUGCGUGUUAUUCGACCUUCACAUUUUAAUCUUAAGCUUGACAUUCCGAGAGAUCUGGGCGAGUCAGUGGGGUGUCUAGCUCAGCGGAGUCCUUCGGGAGAGAGUGGCCAAUGAGGGCUCUGAGAAUUUCCAAUCCCUUUCCCCUUCGUCCCCACAUGUAUCAGCCGCUGGGGGAAAAAGCCACAUUGGUUAGAAAUAUAAACAGUUUUAAAGCGACAGACCAGCAGCCUGCCUCUUGACCUAAAGCAGAGGAGAGCUUUGGAGGAAGAGCAGUCGUCAGUAUUAUUUAUGAUCAUUUUUGUCUUAUGGAGUAAGCAAAAGUAUUGACAUUCCUAAAGCAUUGAUCCCAGAUUGUUAAUUCUAAAGAACAAUCCAUUCCAUUGAAGUAUUAUCACUAUGAUCUUAAAGCACAAGUUAUCCUGAAUUGCACAUAAACAUUUUACUUUUCCAGGCUAGGUGAGGGCAGUAUGCUUACUUUGGGAUUUUCUACUGUCUAUAACUUAAUGGUGCUCAAUUCCAAAACAUGACAAAUAUCUCAUUGGAUCUUAUAUGGACAAUUAUUCCACAUUCCAUGAAUAUAUCACACUUUUUUGGUCACACUUUAUUUGGAUGGUCCUAUAGAUGAUCUACAGAGACUUAACUCAUUAACAAACUUUCUGGUGAUUCUCAAUUGAUUAUCAACACCGUUAUGGUUAGGGUUAGGUUUAGGAGUAUGUGUUGUUUUUGCAUUAAGGUUAGGGUUUAGGGUUAGGAAUAGAUUUAAUUCAGUCUUUCACACUCAACUUCAAGUUCAAGUUCAGUUGAAUGUUGCUUAAAGAUAUACUGAUAUUACACAAACCACUACAUCGGACCAUCCAAAUACAGUGUUUUUAACCCUUUUUUGCUCCUCUAUACUGCCUUUCUGUGAACAAUUCCACCACAGAACGUUCAGCAAUGAUUACCUCACAGUUUGCAGUGGAAAUGGUGAAAUGUACUGUUGAAGUGGCUUUGUGUGGCUCAUAUUCCAUAUUACAGAAUUAUUUGUGUGAGUGUGAAUUGGUUGGUAAUGAGAAAGCAGAUAUAAACAAGCUCCAAGGAUAGAGUGGACAGAAUAUAUUGUCGAACUGUUGCAUAAAUUCAAAAAUAUUGCAUUCUGUUUGCACUCUUUUGAUUACUUUCUUGUUCCAAAGACAUGAAAAGACAAGCUACUUGUAUGUAAAUCACUCAUCCAUGUGACCUCCUGUGAAAUCCCUUCCAGAAAGACAUUUUCAUUUUGAGCCACACGGAUAAUCAGUAUUCUGAGUUUACAUGCACCCUUCGAUUCCCUACUUCGCGUCUCAGUAGAGCACCUCACUUCAGCUCUUCGCAAACCAUUACACGACGAGAGGACCUCCAUGACCAGGAUGAACUGGGAAGGAACGGAGAGCCCCUCUACCUGCUGUCCAGGACCAACGGAGAGUUACCCAUCCAUACUCUACAUGUCUAGCCUGGGUGCUGUCUAAUCACGCAGUCCAGACGGAGGUUAAGGAGGUUGGUGGGUGGAGCUUUUCCAGCCUUAACCAACCAGAAAGUAGACGAUGUUGACAAGCAGUCAGAAGGCCACGUCAUGUCAUGGCACCCAGGCUAACGCAUGUCAUGAUAUUCAGGAAAACGGAACAAACUCACUCAGGCACACGACCACGUGCCAACAAAGACUGAUAGCAUUUCAUUUUAACACUUCAAGCGUUUUUGUAAUAAAAGAAAGGAAAGACAAAAAAAAGCAAUGUAAGAUGUUUUUAGUGUGUAGCACUCAUUUCUAACACCAACAUUAAUCUACCUUUGAGAUAUUUAAAGCACUAUUUGACUUGGCGCUCUUAUGCCUCCCCAAAUUUCUUUCUAGCUUCAGUUGGUCCAUCACAUUCCUAUCUAAUUCACUCCUUUUUUUGUUUUGUUUUUUUCAUUCAAGCUUUUGUAAUUUGCUUUGUUAUCUUUUUGUUCAGCAUGUAUGUAUAUUAUCAUGGCAUAAUUUAUUCUGCUGUAUGAAACAAUAGCGUAGUGGGAACUUGUAUUGGCUUUCCUACCUUCAGCCUGUUGAUGUCUUUACUGUAGCACUGUUAUUGAUUAAAGCUCGGAAAAAACUGGA